AUGAGUUUCGGAGAUGCAUUUCAGAAAAUCAUUGAUCAUCCAGAGAAGCACAAAGAAGCAGUGCUCUACAGUGACGAGCAUGUCGUGAUAAUCAAAGAUCUAUUCCCCAAAGCCACGCGACAUCUACUUGUGAUCCCGAGGAAUGCCAAAUACACGCACCAACAUCCACUUGAAGUAUUCAACAAGCAUUACGGUGAAACCACCGGAGAAGAAUUGUAUGAGCAAAUGGGCGGGUACGUUGAAAAGGCAAAGAACAUAAUAGUUGAAGAUUUGAAGGAUAAAUUAGAUUUGAGAAACAAAGCCAAAGACGACGACGGGGAGCAGGCGUUGCAAAAGUUUCGAAACAAGCAUAUUCAAGCUGGUGUUCAUUCCAUUCCGUCACUAAGCAAUUUGCACAUUCAUGUUAUAACGCAAGAUUUCCACUCACCGAAGUUGAAGAACAAAAAGCACUACAAUUCUUUUACUACAAAAUUCUUUGUGCCCUUUGAAGAAUUAAACCCCUUCUUUAAUGAAGGUUAUUACAAGCUCGCACAUGAGAGAAGUGGUAAUGCUGCUUCGGGAUCAGAGACAGCAUCAGACCAAGAACUGGAUCCGGGUAGACCAGCCUUUGUACGGCACGUUCGCAAUAGUGCCACGCUAGAAAGCACAAUCAAGAAUUGCCCUUUCAAAUGCAUGUUUUGUCGCCAGACUUUUGGCAAUUCCAUGGUCAAGUUGAAACUGCAUUUGAAGGAUGAAUUUGUGAAAGUUUAUGGUGAGUUGGGAGAUGUGACAAGAUUGGAGCCCAAUAAAUUUUGA